CCCGUCGCAGGAGACCUGAAUGAGCAGAAAGGAACACACAUACACUCAGUACACAAUGGCAUCUACAGCGCACAAACAUUGACAUACACGUGCACAUACACACAUAGAGAUAUUAUCUGUUCUACUCACGCUCUCUCCCACACACUCACCUCCCCGCUCUCUCUCUCUCUCUCUCUCUCUCCCUCUCUCUCUCUCUCUCUCUCUCCCUCUCUCUCUCCCUCUCUCUCGCUCUCUCUCUCUCGCUCUCUCUCUCACUCGCUGUAUCUUCUCCACCUGCUCUGGCGUGGAGUUGAACCUGGUGGGAAGUAGAAUCACAGGACUUCAUUUGUCGCCUCGCUCCCUGUCAUCCACCUCUCCUGCCCUCUGUACGCCACUUGUCUGUUUCCACUCUUUCUCUCUCCUCUUUCUCUGUGGAGGUUAAGGACUAGUUACCGGUAACCCCUGACAACGGACUAACAGCGUUGUCUAGAUCUGUUGACACCGUUGACACAAUGACGGGUAAUAAUCGCCCUGCUGCAUCUGCUCCAACUUCCAAAACGACCCCUGACCCCUUCAUUAACACCGCGGCCACCCCAGAACAUGUUGUGGACCAAUCAGGACACAGGUUCAUGAGUGACCACCACCACAUCCACAUGCCUUCGUGGGGCAUCGCAGCCUUGGUCAUCGUGUGCGGGUUCCUGGGGUUGUCAUGUGCCUUUUGUGUGUGGAAGAAAUGCUUGAAGAAGAAGGACAAGGAGAAAGAGAAGGAGAAGAAAAAUGACAAAGAGAAGGGAAAGGCUUGCAACACAGAAAUGAAUGGAAAGAACACAGAGCCCAUCAAGGAUGAAGGUGACAAAGAGACUGGGCUGUCAGACGCCAAACCAGAGGAAUUGGAGAAACUGGGAAGGUUACACUUCAGCCUGGACUACAACUUCCCAGAGAACUCACUGGUUGUAGGCAUUCUGCAGGCCGAUCAGCUCCCUGCCAUGGACGUGGGAGGCAGUUCUGACCCCUACGUUAAACUCUUCCUGCUCCCGGACAAGAAGAAGAAGUUUGAGACGAAAGUCCACAGGAAAACCCUGGAGCCUGACUUUAACGAGACCUUCACGUUUAAGAUACCAUACACGGAACUCGGCGGAAAGACGUUGGUGAUGACGGUGUACGACUUUGAUCGCUUCUCCAAACACGACGCCAUCGGGGCCGUGCGAGUCCCCAUGAGCAGUCUGGACUUCAGCCACUCCCUGCAGGAGUGGAGGGACCUGCAAAAGGCAGAGAAGGAGGAGAGUGAGCGCCUGGGGGAUAUCUGCUUGUCGCUGAGGUACGUGCCAACAGCAGGAAAGCUCACAGUGGUGGUUCUGGAGGCGAAGAACCUGAAGAAGAUGGACGUAGGAGGGCUGUCAGACCCUUACGUGAAGAUCCACCUGAUGCAGAACGGCAAGCGUAUGAAGAAGAAGAAAACGACCACCAAGAAGCACACGUUGAACCCUUAUUUCAAUGAGUCCUUCAGCUUUGAGGUGACCUUUGAACAGCUAGAGAAGGUGCAAUUAGCGGUGACUGUGUUGGACUAUGAUAAGAUUGGGAAAAAUGAUGCCAUUGGAAAAGUGCUACUGGGCGGUAACAGCACUGGGACCGAGCUCUGUCAUUGGUCGGACAUGCUGGCCAACCCCAGACGACCAAUCGCACAGUGGCAUGCUUUGAAACCAGAGGAGGAAGUCAAUGCUUUAAUGUCCAACAAGAAAUGAUGCUGUGGAGUCAGCGAAUGACGCAAUGUACUUGUUCAAGAAGAAUCUGGUGUCCUUUACCUCACAUAUAUAAAUAGAUGUAUUCCUACCUUCUCCCUGAUCUAGCGCUUUAAAGGUACGAUGGUAAGAACAAAACAUGACAUUCAAUCCAACCCCUACCCGUCUGCCCCCACUGUGAUCUGACCAGCCUUGUGUGGGUCUUCUCCUACACAUGGAAGUACACCAGGAAGUAUUCUUAACAGUAGAAACAUAAAUACAUCUACAGAUCAUCUGGCCAUUGUGUUUUCCCUCUGUCAAGUAUGUAUACUAAUUCCAAUUCCAAUUCUAAAGUAUGUUUGAAAAGAUAAAAACUAACAGAUAGCCAUGACCUUUCAGGUAUUCCCUUCCUGCUACUUUCUCACUAUUAAACUGAAGGACAGAAGACCGAGAUGUGACCAUGCUGGUUAAACAAACCUUCAUGUUUGUUCCUAUAUCAAAACUAUUGAAUAAAAAGACCAACCUGUCCUUCCCCAUCCGGUUCUCUAGGGUUCAGACGACCGCUGUGCUGACCUGCAGUCUAUUAUCCUCUCUACUCUCUCCUUGCCAUAUCCCUGAAGUCCCUGAAGGAAUGUGUACAUUUGUGUAACUUUUAAUGCUGUUAAACAUUUUGAUACA